CAAAACUCUCCCACUUGAAAAUUAAAACUGGCGGGAAAAACAACGUCCACCUAUCCAAAUGUCGAAAAUAUCCUCAACAUCUCUCCAAAUCACACUCUCUCUCCUCAUUUUCACCCUACCCUUCCGUGGCAACUCACAAACCACCGCCAAUCCAGAGCAAGAAAUCCUACUGAAGCUGAAACAACACUGGUCCAAUCCACCCUCCAUCGAACAUUGGAACUCAACCUCAACCUUAAUACACUGUACAUGGCCGGAGAUCAACUGCACAGGUGGCUCUGUGAUUGGACUCUCGCUCGUUGAAAAAAACAUCAGCGGAACAAUCCCACCAUUCAUUUGUGACCUCCAAAACUUGACCCUUCUUAAUCUUCUAAAUAAUUUCAUCCCCGGACCGUUUCCUACUGUCCUCUACAACUGUUCCAAGCUUCAAACACUAGACAUUUCUCAAAAUUACUUCGUCGGAUCAAUUCCCAGUGACAUCCACCGGUUGUCCUCUCAGCUCCGGGCGCUCAACAUCGCCUACAAUAACUUCACCGGUGACAUUCCCGCCUCAAUUGGGCGGUUUUCGGAGCUCAGGACUCUUAAUAUUGAACUAAACCAGUUCAACGGAACUUUCCCGCCAGAAAUUGGAAACUUGUCGAAUCUUGAAUUACUAUGGAUGGCAGUCAAUCCGUUUGCCCCAUCGAAGAUACCUUCGAAUUUUACCCAGUUGAGAAAACUCAAAAGUUUGUGGAUGUCGUCGGCGAAUUUGAUCGGAGAAAUCCCGGAAGCAAUCGGGAAUAUGACGGCCUUGGAGCUCUUGGACGUGUCGACAAACCAGUUGACUGGUAACAUUCCUAAUGGCGUGUUUUUGUUGAAGAAUUUGACUACUCUGCAUCUUCACAAAAACAAAUUGUCCGGGGAAAUUCCAACAUCAGUUGAAGCUUUGAACUUGCAUGUGGUUGAUUUGUCGGAAAACAACUUGACUGGGACAAUACCGGAUGAUUUUGGAAAACUGACCAAACUGACUGGUUUGGCUCUGUUUUCAAAUCAUCUUUCUGGCGAAGUACCACCAAGCGUUGGCCGCCUUCCCAACCUGCAAGUUAUUCGGUGGUUCACCAACAAUCUCUCAGGAGAAUUGCCACCGGACUUUGGGCGAUACUCAAUGCUCAGAGAAUUUCAAGUGGCCACCAAUCAGUUUAUAGGCCAGUUGCCGGAGCAUUUAUGCUCUAACGGAGUGUUGGAAGCUGUCAUAGCAUUCGACAACAACCUCACAGGUGAAUUGCCAAGUUCACUUGGGAAUUGUACACGUAUGACAACUGUUCGGGUUCAUGGUAAUCGACUUUCUGGCAACAUUCCCGAUGGUUUAUGGACAUCAUUCAAUUUGACAUUUUUUAUGAUAAGCGACAAUCUGUUUACCGGUCAUCUUCCUGUCAAAUUUGCCACAAACUUAUCACGACUUGAGAUUAGUAACAACCAGUUUUCCGGUGAAAUUCCAGCGGGCAUUUCAUCAUUGAGGUGUUGUUUAACGGUGUUCAAAGCAAGCAACAAUCUCUUUACGGGCACAAUUCCACAGGAGUUAACAGCUCUUCCACUCUUGACAACUCUCUCUCUUGAUAGGAAUCGGCUUUCCGGUCAUUUUCCUUCAGAAAUAGUAUCAUGGCAUUCAUUAAAUGAUUUAAAUCUCAGUCGAAACCGACUCUCUGGGGAAAUUCCAGCUGAUAUUGGUUCUUUGCGUGUCCUUACUUAUUUGGAUUUGUCGGAGAACGAAUUAUCCGGUCAAAUUCCACCUGAAUUUGGAAAGUUGACGCUGAAUUCACUCAACCUUUCUUCCAAUAGUCUCACCGGAAGAAUCCCAGGUAAGUUUGAAAUUGAAUUUUUUGAUGCCAGUUUUUUAAACAAUCCUGGUCUUUGUUCAAGUAAGCCAUCAUUGGGCAUUGAAGUUUGCUCUUCAGGAGCAAGAAAAUCUGGCAGAAUUUCCACCCAGCUUUUUGCUAUGUUGACAAGUGUAGCAUCAGUUCUGUUUGUUUUAGCUAUUAUAUUCACGUUGUUCUUCGUGAUCAAGGUUCAUCGAAAGAGAAAGCUUGGAUCGGAUUUGACCUGGAAACUGACUUCAUUUCAGAGGUUGAACUUCACUGUGUCGAGCAUUUUGCUGAAAUUGACUGAAAACUGCAUGAUAGGAAGUGGGGGAUCGGGGAAAGUGUAUCGCGUUCCAGUCAACAGCUCAGAAGGCGAAUUUGUUGCUGUUAAGAGGAUUUGGAACAACAGAAAGUUGGACCAAAAACUGGUGAAGCAAUUCCUUGCAGAAGUUGAGAUACUAGGCACAAUUCGCCACUCCAACAUAGUGAAAUUGUUGUGCUGUAUGUCAAAUGAGACCUCGAAACUUCUUGUUUACGAGUUUUUGGAAAAUGGUAGCUUGCAUGAAUGGCUCCAUGGAAACAAUAGGCGUAGGCAGCCAAGUGUAUCGGGUUCAGUGCAUCAUGUUGUCCUGGACUGGCCUAAGAGGUUCCAGAUUGCAGUUGGAGCAGCCCGGGGGCUAUGCUACAUGCACAAUGACUGCUCACCACCUAUUGUUCAUCGCGACAUGAAAUCAAGCAAUAUCUUGUUAGAUUCUGAAUUCAAUGCUAAAAUAGCAGAUUUUGGCUUAGCCAAGAUGUUGAUCAAGCAUGGAGAGCCUAACACAGUGUCAGCUGUGGCUGGCUCCAUUGGGUACAUUGCUCCGGAGUAUGCUAGUACAACGAGAGUAAACGAGAAAAUCGAUGUGUAUAGCUUCGGAGUUGUCCUUCUGGAACUAGCUACCGGAAGGAAAGCCAGUGAUGGAGAUGAAGAAAUGGGGCUCGCAGGAUGGGCAUGGCAUCAAUUGCAAGAAGACAAGUCCAUAGAAGAUGCAUUGGAUGAGGAGAUCAAGGAAUCUUGUUACUUGGAGGAGAUGAGUGGUGUGUUCAAACUUGGGAUCAAUUGUACUUACACACUGCCUUCCGCCAGACCAACCAUGAAGGAGGUUUUGCAAAUACUGUUACGGUGCAAACAGGCGAUGGCAUUUCAAGAGAACAAUGGUGGAAGUGAGUAUGAUGCCGCUCCCCUGCUCAAGAAUUCUAAGCGAGAGAGGAGGUUAGAUACUGCCGAUGAUGAUUUCGGGUCAAAUGUUUGAUGGUGUUGAGAAAUUUCACAAAUAAGAAAAUAAAAUUUAAUAAAUUCCACUAUUAUAGUGGUGAACUUUACGAAUUGCGUGGAACAAUGCACUUAGAAAAUGUUUUCAUAAUUAUCCUAUUUAGCGUAGUUAAAUGUUAACGUGAAUUUUAGUAAAGCAUUAAAAGGUCUUUUGUUUUAUGUAUC